AUGGCAAAUAUUGGUGCCCUUGCAACAACAACUUUGCUUUGCCUGAGCAUAUUGCUGGAGUCAUCACUUCUACUUGAAGUUGCGGCUGCCCCUCAUAUCGGAUAUCCAAGCCUAUAUUAUGGUGAUCGGCCUUGUUUACCAAAAGAUCGUAGACCUUCAUGCAAGCCUCCUCCUACACCCAUUGGUAGAGGGCACUAUGGAAGAAGAUGUGAUAAAUGGUGUGACAGGGCGCAUGUUGUGAGAGUAGCAGAUUUUUUUUUUAAGAGAAGAAGGAAAUAUUGUUUUGAUGUCGAAUGUCGGUCCAACUUAUCGAGAGGAUUAAACUGGAACCUUCCUCUCCUAUGUAACCCCCAAAAUCUGCAAUUUACGACGAGCAGGGUUCUCAAAUCUCCAUUAAAUCUCAAUCCCACUAUCUACAAAACCAGAGCUUCUCAGUUUGAAUAA